AUGGGUCAAGGUCGUCGCAUGAAGAAGCAGGGGCCCCCGGCCCCGCUGGAUGAGUCGAAACUCUCCAUGCUGAAGAAGCGCAAGGCCGGCGAGGCCGAUUCGGCCCCUAAGGCUACGGCAUCGGCCAAGAAACGGCGAAGAUCUGAUGCUGAGGAGACUGGGCCGAAGAAAGUCCUUCCGAAAAAGUCCAAGGUUAACGGAACUAGCGGAAGCACAAUGCAGAAGAAGGCAGUUUCGGGUAAAAAGCAGCCGGUGCCGAUGGACUCGGAUUCAGACGGCGCGGAGGAUAGUGAAGAGGACGAUGAUGAGUUUGGCGAUCUCGACGGUGUUAGUGAAAGGUCAAUGGACAGCGAGAAUCAGGUGGAAGGCUUGUCUGAUCUUGAGGAUGAAGAUGACGAGCCGGAAGAGGAUGGCUCGAUCCUCGACUCCGACGACGAGGAUCAUCCCCGGGAAGCUAUGUUUUCCGACGACGAAGAUAUGUCGGAUGCCGAGGAAAAGUUGACUGCAGCCAACAUGGAGGGCCUCUCACGAAAAUUGGAUGCUGCCAAGCAGACCGAGUUAGAAGACGCCGAGCAGGAGUUGCAGGAGUCAGCCAUGCAGACCAACAUUGCCGGGGACCGUUCGGAUCUCUUCGCAGACGAAAGCCAACAGGGACUUGCGCCUGAUCUUCAAUUGCUACGCCAGCGCAUUACAGACAACAUUCGUGUCCUGGGAGACCUGAAAAGUUUGGGUCAGCCCGACAAGUCUCGUGCCGACUAUCUCGAUUUGCUGCUCAGUGACAUUUGCACUUACUACGGUUACACUCGAUUCCUGGCCGAAAAGCUAUUCAACCUCUUUACUCCCAUGGAGGCCUUCGCUUUCUUCGAAGCCAACGAGACACCGCGUCCUGUCGUCAUUCGUACCAACACGCUUCGAACAAAUCGCCGAUCACUGGCCCAGGCCUUGAUCAACCGUGGCGUCGUGCUCGAACCCGUGGGCAAAUGGUCUAAGGUGGGAUUGCAGGUUUUCGAAUCCGCUGUGCCCCUGGGUGCCACACCCGAGUACCUGACCGGCCACUACAUCCUUCAAGCGGCUUCCUCUUUCCUCCCCGUCAUGGCUCUUGCACCGCAACCCAACGAGCGCGUUCUCGAUAUGGCUGCUGCGCCUGGUGGUAAGACGACAUAUAUGUCAGCCUUAAUGCGAAACACGGGCUGCGUGAUCGCCAACGAUGCCAGCAAACCCCGUGCCAAGGGUUUGAUCGGUAACAUCCACCGUCUGGGCUGCAAGAACACCAUCGUGACCAACCUGGAUGCGCGUACUGCAUUCCCAAAGGCCAUGGGUGGUUUUGACCGCGUGCUGCUGGAUGCUCCCUGCACGGGUACUGGUGUCAUCGCCAAGGACCCGGGCGUGAAAACUUCGAAGAACGAGCGCGACUUCCUUGCUAUCCCACACAUGCAGCGACAGCUACUUCUAGCCGCUAUCGACUCGGUCGACCACUCUUCCAAAACCGGCGGGUACGUUGUCUACUCAACUUGUAGUGUGACUGUGGAGGAAAACGAGGCCGUGGUGCAGUACGUGCUCCGCAAGCGACCCAAUGUCAAGCUAGUGGACACUGGGUUGGGCGAUUUCGGCAGCCCCGGGUUCACGAGCUAUAUGGGCAAGAAAUUCGAUGCUAAGAUGGCCCUCACUCGACGCUACUUCCCUCACCGUGAGAACGUUGACGGUUUCUACGUGUGCAAGCUCAAGAAGACCGGGCUGACCCCGGCCAAAUCAUCGGAUGACGCAGCUAUUGCUACAGAUCACUCAGCCCGUCGCGGUUCGCAAACAGCAUCUACAGAUGACGAGGUCAUUGACAAGACCCCCAUUGCGGAUGAGGACGGAGUCGCAAUGGACUUUGAGGGCGGUGCCUUUGGUCCGUUUGAGGAGGAUGAAGACGCUGAUCGGAUUGCUCGUGCUAAGCGUAACCGCCUGCGUCGUAAGGGUCUCAACCCUAAGGCUGUCCUGAACAAACCCAAGAAGAAUAAGGGCGAGUCGUUCAAGUCAAGCGAGUCGAAGGAGUCCAGCCAGCAGCAGGACGCGAAGGCCGAGACCUCCAAGAAGUCUUCUGCCCAUGGCCAGGAUGAUAAAAAGAAGGCCACGAAGGGAGACAAGGAGAGAAAGUCCAAGAAGGCGAGCAAAUGA